CGUCUCGAUCGUAGGCCCAUGCAUCUCUUGUUAUAAUUACACACACAGACGCACCUCGCUGAUGGAUCACUGACCUUCGCACUGACGAGAAGGUCACUUGCUUUUAGUCUCCUUCCCUAGCUGCUCAGCAGGCACCUGCAAGCAUUUCUUCAGAACCGAGCCGUCUUUGCAGAGGUGAGACAUGCCGACGCUGAUCGUCACGGUGGACCUGGAAUGCUGCCGCUGCAGCAGCAAGAUCCAGAAGAUCCUCUGCUGCAUCCAAGACCACGCAGAAUUCAUCAUCGAGAAGGUGGUGUACGAGAAGGACAAGGUGAUCGUGUCAGGCCCCUUCGACGCUGACAAGCUCUCCGGAAAGCUCUGGUGCAAGGCCGGCAGGAUCAUCAAGAAUAUUGAGAUCGUCAAGCCACCCCCGCCCAAACCUGAACCUAAGCCCGAGCCCAAACCCAAACCGGAGCCACCUCCAUGCAAGCUGAUAUACCCGUACCCGUAUCCAUGCCCGCAGCCUGUGUGGCCGUGCAGCUGCCCCACGCCACACUGUGGGUGCCAAUCAAAGCCGCCACCGGCACCGCCUCCUCCUGCGCCAACACCGGUACCGCCUCCUCCCGCGCCACCAAAACCGCCAGCGUGCCAGUGCCCAACGUGGCCGUCGUGCUACUGCUGCGGCUACCCGCCAUACAAGCCACCAGCCAUGCCGUACCCACUGGUCGUCUGCGAGGAGAACCCACCCUACGGCGCCUGUACCGUUAUGUAACUGUGGACUGCUGCUACUAUUGCGAAUUGCUGCUACUGCAAAUGUGACGGUGGAGGAAGAUGUUCAAUAAGUGUCGUGUCUAAUUAAUACAAAGGAUUUUCAUAGUAACUUUUGCGGUUAUUCUACAUGAACUGAAUGAAUAAAGAAUCUAAGUGGUGAUUGGGCUUCAA